AUGGUGAUGUCAAUGAUAGUUAGUCGAUUGUAUUUAACAUUAUUUUACUCGUUAUGGAUGUUGGGUCUUGUAUUUCGAUAUACUCCAAAGUAUCAAGAUUUUAUUCUUCGAAUUAUUAUUGAUUCUCUAUUAUUUUUUGUUAUUCUGUGCUUUAUGUUUGCCGUUUGGAAUGAUGAAGCGAAUUUUCAAGAAAUUUUAUUGUUAAUGAGUAUUGGAUUUAUCAUGUUGGCUUUGUUAUCGUCAAUAAUUUUAAUUAUUCUAUACGGUUUUAUGAAUAUAACAGCUGAAAUAUUUCCACUUAAACAUCAAGCAUUUAAACAUAAUGCGUUUCGUGUUGGACUUUUUGUAGGAACAGGUUUACUUCAUAUUUUGGCAGCAUUUGCAACAUUCCGAUUACAUUAUUAUGUUAAAAGACAAACAAAUAUCCAAAUAGAAUAG